CCGGAAGUUUGGUUUUCGGCGCUAGUUUCGAAGUCAACAAACUUCAGACCCGUUUUCUUUUUUGUUGUCAGUAUGGUUCAAGAAUUUCAUGUUCUUAGAUGUUUUGCUUGUCAAACGUUCCAGGUUCAACAGGUUAAGAAGGCAAAGAAAUGGAGCUGCAAACUGUGUGGAGAAAAGCAAUCUGUUAUCAAGGAAUAUGGACGUGGUACUGGAGCAGAUUGCAGGCGUCAUGUGCAGAAACUGAAUGGCCUGAGAGGACAGUUGCUGCAGGAAGAGGAUGAGGGCGCCUGGUCGCGAUGGGAGGAAGAUGGAGAUGAAGUGUCAGAGUUCAACCAUGAGGACCAAGACCUUUCCUCCAACCCCCAGCAGGACAUUGGUGGAAGUCGUUGGAAUAAAUAUGUCGACACAGCAAUGCCUUCUGAGGAUGUUGAGGACCAUGAUGAAAAUGUUUAUAUGGAGAGUACGCGAUUUGUCAGUCAGAGAAACAUCAGAAAGAGGAAGAGGGGUGCACGAGGCCGGUUUGGAGCUGGUGGAUAUGAUGACGGUGGGGCAGACGAAGAGGAUCAGGGACAAGAGAGUAGCUCAUGGAGAGGUCACCGGGGCUCCUGGAAGCAAAGGGCCAGCUCCAGACCAGUGCACCCUGCUGCUGUCACCACAGAGGACUGUACAUUCUCCACCCCUUCCUUCCACACCAACACUCCAACGCCCUCCGCUGCCAGCAAAGCCCCUCCCAGCCAAAUUCCUUCCAGAACCUUCCAUCACUCUCAGCAGCCGCAGAAGCACAGGCCCACUCAGCCCAGCCGCGUGACCGCAGACUUCAGUGCCAGUCGGCCGACCGGCCCACCCACCCACCGGACACCUCUUGCAGACACGCCCAUCAACAAGGCCACCAGUUUGUCCUCUUUGCACCCCGUGGCCAAAGUGUGCCAGCCGGAGAGUAAGUCGUCAUCUAAGUGGGCCAAGUUCUUAACUGUGGCGUCUGUGGAGGACCAGGAAGAGAGAGGGGAGGAGGAGGAUGGAGAUGGAACUGGCCAGUGGAGUGACCUAGAUGAGGCUUCAGAUGAGACCUCAUCGUGGUCUGUAUCUUUCCACAAUCCAGCUGCACCACCACCAACAGCAGCCAAGGCCCUCCCUGCCAACUUCAGGGCUGAUAAACAUGAAAAGACCUGUUCCAGCGGCCUGCUUUUUGGGAGCGUGCCAAGUCUGGCAAAGGCCUCAGGUGUGGCAGAUAAAAUGAAAUCUGCUGCUGCUGCUUGUUUUGGAUUUGCAAGUGUUGCCAGUCAAAUUCCAAGCCCUACUUUCACUACCAAACCGUUCAGACAGGAAGGUGCAGUCAAUCAACAGCCUCAGCCUUCCAAAAGACCUUGCACCGGCCUUGGCGUCAGCUCGCUUUUUCAAACUGAUGAAGACUUUGAUGUCGCCUUUUAAUCACCACUGUUUAUUUGUUACUGUUUGCUUUCUUAACACUCACUUGUUUGUCUUUCAGGACUGACGUCUCAAAAUUUGUUUUUCUGUUCAGUCAUCGUUAAUUUACUGUAUCAUAUAGAAGCUUGGCUAAUAAUGUAUAGAUCUUAGUAAAUAUGACACCAUACCAACAAUUUAAAUAAACCUUUAAACAUUG